AUGACAUCCAAGAAAAAGAAGCUGAAACAAGACACUAUACGUGCAGGAACAAAUAAAGAAGGACUAAGAACCAGAAAUGGAGAAAUAUCCAAAGGAAGAAGCCACACAGAAGCACUUGUCAGAGAGAGGAAGCAGUAUUUGCAGAAGGAAUACAAGACCCUUUCAGAACAUAUGAAUACAUAUAUGGGAAGAGUGGAGCAUUUCCUUCAUGAGAAUGAUAUCCUAGAAAAGGAAGCUCAACAGAAUCAGGAAGAGAGCAAUGCUUAUCUCUCCUACAUAACAAAACACAGCCAGAAGUGCCAGAAUAUGAUAAUAAAAUUAAAUGAGCAGAAUCACACUGAUCUGUCUCAAAUCAAGAAGCAGAAAGAGAAGCUAAUCUCACAGUAUGCAGAAAAAGAGAAGGAAGUAAGGAACUACCUCAUGGAUAUGGAGGCAAAAUAUUCUCUUAUGAACAAGGAGGUUGAAAGCUUGCAGCCUUUCAAAGACCUGCAGCUGGAACAGAUUAACAAGAUUAAGGACCUGGAGAAGGAGUUGUUGGUCACAAAGAUCCGGCAUGCAGAACAAAUGCACAAAAUCAAGAGCAGUUUUCUCCAGGCCAAGGCUGCCUGUGAGGCAGAGUGUCAUCAGAGGAUCCAGUUUCUGACCAAGAAAGCAGAAGAAGCAGCAGUACAAUCUCUGAUUCAGCAUGCCAAACAAAUAAAGGCAGAGAACUGGCAUCUACGCCAGGAAUUGCUCAAUCUCAUCCAAUGCUCACACAUUCUUAAAGCAAUCAAGCUUCAACUGAAGGGGCAGCAGCAGCAGCUUCUUCAGGAGAACCAGUACAGCCAGGACAUGGCACGCAUCCGUCGCUGGUUUCCCCGUCGUGAGGUACCCGAUGCAAACAGAUAAACCUA